GCGAGGGUGUUUCUGUGUUCCGCGAGCUCGCUCUGUUCCAGGACUAUCACGGCUUGCCCGCUUUCAAACAUGCUAUGGCGGAGUUCAUGGAAGAGCUGAGAGGAAACAAAGUGGCAUUCGAUCCUCGCAAGCUUGUACUCACUGCGGGCUCUACUUCCGCAAAUGAGAUUCUCAUUUUCUGCCUCGGCGAACCUGGCGACGCGUUCCUCGUUCCAACUCCUUACUACCCUGGGUUUGAUAGGGAUCUCAAAUGGCGGACCGGUGCGGAGAUCAUACCGAUCCACUGCUCGAGCUCGAACGGGUUUCGGAUCACCAAGCCCGCGCUCGAAGAGGCUUAUCAUCAAGCUCAGCAGCAGAAGCUAAGAGUGAAGGGAGUGUUGGUCACCAACCCCUCGAACCCUUUGGGCACCACAUUGGCUCACCGUGAGCUAGAAACCCUAAUCGACUUCAUUGUGGCCAAGGGCAUCCAUCUGAUCAGCGAUGAGAUAUACUCUGGCACCAACUUCGACUCUCCGGGCUUCAUAAGUGUCGCUGAGGCGAUAACCGAACGAGGCAAAGAGGUGGCGGACCGUGUACACAUCGUGUAUAGCUUAUCGAAGGACCUCGGCCUACCAGGCUUUCGCGUUGGUGCGAUACACUCCCAAAAUGAGGCGGUGGUCUCCACGGCGACCAAGAUGUCGAGCUUUGGGCUCAUCUCCUCUCAAACUCAGUACUUCUUGUCCUUGUUGCUCUCCGACAAGGAGUUCACAGCGAACUACAUAGCGGAGAACAAGAAGCGGCUUAGAGAGCGGCAAAAGCGGCUCACCGAAGCGCUGCGGACGAUCGGAAUAAGCUGUUUGGAGAGCAAUGCAGGGUUGUUUUGUUGGGUGGACAUGAGGCACUUACUUAAGACUAAGACACCUGAAGGAGAGAUGGAGCUGUGGAAAAGGAUAGUGCAUGAUGUGGGACUAAACAUUUCUCCGGGCUCUUCGUGCCACUGCAACGAGCCCGGGUGGUUUAGGGUUUGCUUCGCGAACAUGUCGGAGGAAACCCUAGAUAUCUCCAUGGAAAGGUUGAAGAGCUUCGUUUUAUCCAGCGACGGCCGAGGCAAGAUUGGAAGAGGGCCAAGAAGGCUAAUCAAGUGGGUGCGCGCAAUAUCGGCGUUCGAUCGCCGAUCGGAGAGAUAGGGUCAGUUUGUGUACGUGCAAGGUCUCAAAACACUUUGUUACUUAGGCUGUGUUAAUUUUUAGUUAUUAUAAGAAAGAUGUUAA